AUGGAUUCAAUCGACAAAGAAAGUAAAUUAAAAGAAAUUAAAGUAAUAGCAGCAUAUGAUGCGUAUGACGAAGCUGAGGAAGAGAAAAGGAAAGUUGAAAAUGAUAUCACCGAAGUUAAUAAAAAACUUGAAAAAGAUUAUGGCACUCAACUAGAAUUUGCAAAGUUGGAUGGUGAAUGCUUUAGUCAUGAUGCUAAGGAUUAUACAUAUACAAUAUGUAUGUUUGACAAGGCAACUCAAAAAAGUAAUAAAGAUCAUGUAUCAACACAUUUGGGUUACUUUGAAAAAUGGAUUGGAGCUGAAUCAAAGGAAGAUGACAAAUAUUACACAGCACAAUUAUAUACUCGUGGAACAAGAUGUUGGAAUGGACCAGAGAGAUCUGAAUCUUCCUUCGAACGAAGUAAGGAAGAAAUAAUAAGAGCGCUGGUCGCUCAAUUAAUAUCAAUUUAUGACAAUGUUCUUCAGGAAUAUAUCGAAGCAGAGAUUAAUAGACAAAAUGGAUUUCGUCAAACAAUAAAAAAUCAAACAAAUACCAAAAUUGUCGAUUAUAGCAAACAAAAAAUUAAAUUAACAACUCUCACCAUCACUCUCAGAGCAGCAAAAAGAAUUGAUAGGCUAUUAAGUCUUUCAAAUAAAAAUUUUCUCAUUGUUGACAUAUUUCCUAAUUUAGAUAUAAGGAGUAAGGAUACGAAAUCUAUCAACAAAAAAAAGGAGGAGAAUUCAUUAAGAGAAAAUAUUCUUAAACAAGUGUAUGAAUCGGCAGGAUAUGAAUCGGCGGAAUAUUAUUACAUUGAUGAAGAAUUACCAAGAUACUAUCCUGGUAACAACAAUCCUGAUAAUGAAGAAUCACCAAGAUAUUAUCCUGAUAACAAAGAAUCUAUUCUUCUUAUGAAUGAAUCUUAA